AAAAAAAAAUCGUGAUGCAAUGCUUCAAGGGAGGCAACUCCCACACGACACGAUACGCGUCGACUCUGACGGGCCAUCGUCGGGUAAAAAGGGUUAUCGUUCGAUAUUGCAAAACAUGUGGCUGCUCACUGAAGUGAAUCCGCGAAGAAGAAAAUGCCAAGGUUGACCAAGAUGGCGGCCGGUCAGCAGGAUGGCCUGCUGGAGGGUAGCCCUUACAAGACCACCAUCGUGCCCGUUCAGGAGGCCCCCCAGCCCCAGCAGCAGUCUGGCCGCUCAGGAAAGAGGCGCCAGUACGCCACAGCCAUCAUACUGAACAUCGCGGCGCUCGCCGCCGGCACCGUCAUGGGCUGGCCGUCGCCGGCCGGGCCCGUCCUCACCAACGCCACGCUCUCGCCGCUCGACAACGACGCCGACGGCGUGGGCGAGCCCGUGUCGCCGGAGCACAUGUCGUGGCUGGCCUCCGUCAACUUCCUCAUCGGCCUGCCGGGCACGCUGCUGUUCGGCGCCCUGGCCGACCGCCUGGGCCGGCGCGUCGCGGGCCUCGUGGUGGCCGUGCCCUACGCGCUGUCGUGGAUCUUCAUCGCCACGACCGACUCGCUGCUGCCGCUGUACGCGGCCCGCCUGCUCGGCGGCAUCGCCUCGGGCGCCACGCUCGUCAUCAGCCCGCUCUACAUCGCCGAGACGGCCGAGGACGCGCACCGCGGCGCCCUGGGCACCUUCCUCGCCGUCGGCAUCAACUCGGGCAUCUUCGUCAGCUUCGCCGUCAGCUCCUUUACCACCUACCGGGCCAUGCCGCUGGUGCUGCUCCUGCUGCCCGCCGUGUACUUCCUGUGCCUGCUCAAGCUGCCCGAGACCCCCGUGUACCUGGUCAAGCGGGGCCGGACGGCGGCGGCCCGCCACUCCCUGGCGUGGUACCGGGGCGGCGCGGCCGUCGACGCCGAGCUCGAGACGCUGCAGGCCGCGGCCAAGCGGGAAGACUCGUCCUCCGACUCGGACACGGUCUCGUUCGGCGAGCUCUUCACGCACCGCGGCACCCGGCGCGCCCUCAUCCAGAGCCUCGUCCUCCUCGCCAACCAGCAGUUCUGCGGCGUCAUCGCCGUCCUCAACUACACCGAGAUGAUCUUCCACGAGGCCGGCAGCUCGCUAUCCCCCACGGCCGCCGCCAUGAUCGUGGCGGCGCUGCAGGCCGUGGCCACGUACUUGUCGUCCUUCCUCAUCGACAGGACAGGCAGGAAGACCCUCCUCAUCGUCUCCAACGUCCUCAUGGCCACCUGCCUCAUCACCUUAGGGGGCUGCUUCUUCGCCCAAAAUCUCGGGCACGACAUCUCUGCGGUGGGCUGGCUGCCGGUGCUGGCCAUGUCGUUGUACGUGGUGGCGUUCGCCAUGGGGCUGGGGCCGGUGCCGCUCGUGAUGCUGUCCGAGACCUACUCCGCGCGGGCGCGCAGCCUCGCCACCGCGGUGGGCAUCGGCUGCCAGACGCUGUGCGCCUUCGUGUCCACCAAGUUCUUCCUCAACCUGCAGUCGCUGCUCGGCAUGCACGGCUGCCUAUGGCUGUUCGCCGGCUGCUGCCUCGCCGGCGCCGCCUUCGUCGCCCUGGCCGCCAUCGAGACCAAGGGCAAGACGCUGGAACGCAUCCUGGCCGAGUUCCACGGCGACCUCGUCCUCCCGUCCAGGACGGCCACGCCCGACGAGGAGGCGCGCGAGGACGACGACGACGACGAGGUGUUCAGAAGGAACGACGCCCCCCAGGCGCCUUGAGUGGCAGCCAGCGGUGCCCUCCGCCGCGAGGACGCAACCCACUGUGAUAAACCAGCGACUUCCACUCUUCCUAUGGAUACCAUUGUUCUAAGACUGACAUCUCUCAUUAAAAAAUCCUUCGUUUA